AUCUCACGUCUUCUCGCAGGUAUAUAUAUAUAUAUAUAUCUAUAUCACAAUAUUGGUGGUACUACUUCCCGGUCUUCAUUCCAAAUCCUGCACCAGCAAUCUCAUAGCCCAUUCACAACCCACAGUCCAGCAGCAUGUGUCAGCCCGUGGCCUACACGUACCCCCAGUGCGGCCACCUCGUCGCCUCACGCGACACAUAUGACCUCAAGCGCUGCAUGCGUGCGCUGUCCACGAACAUGGACUGCUGGAUCAAGCCAGAGGACGCAAAGGCGCAGGUGGUGCGUCGCACGUGGCCUGGCCUGGCGCUGGGCCCAUGCAGCUCGUGUGCCAGGAUUGCCGAGACGAAGCAGGCCUAGACGGCCAGCAUCGGCAAAACUGACAAUUGAAUCGUUUGCUAACAAGGGGUGAUCUGGACCGUGGGGACUAAGGUAUCGGUAAGAUAGAAGCAGAUAUAUGAAGCAAGCUGGACUUACUAAUAGAUCGUUUGUGUACUUUCCCCCUCCUGUAUCAUUCUUUAACCAAAGACCUUGUCCAAGAUGCGGGUCGCAGGGUUUGCGGCAGGUUCCGGCACAAAGUUCUGCUCAUACUCCGCGAUGGCAUCCAGAUCCCUCACGAGAUCCACCUCGUGCGGCUUGAACAGCUUCGUCUUGUGAUAAAACUUCCAGCCGAGGUAGAAGAUGGGAAAGGCGAACACGCUCGUGUAC